AUGGCCAACAAUGCCAACAAUUUUACGGAACUAAAUAAAGUGAUAUUGGAAAGAUCCUGCUUUGCUCGAGAGAUUAUAUUGUAAGCGUAUUUUAUUAAAAAUCCAUUGGACUCGCACCUGGAAUAUGACCUAAAUUCAGGACGAUUGCGUAGUGUACAGAAUGUUCAAUGCCAACCGGUUAACAUUGUGCAAUGUGAUGUAAUCAGUUGCUGUCUUAGCCUUCAAUUAGUCACCUUAUAUAGAAACUUGACAAUCAAAAAUUGUCAAUGCGAUUGAAAGCCACAUUAAAUAAGUACUGUUAAAUUUCAUUAUUUUAUUAUUUAUAUUACAUUACGUAUGUUCAAGUUGAAAUUUUAUUUUAUCUUCGAAAUUGUCAUAUGCUACAGGUAUGCGGGCUGGGUAUAUUGACACUUGGCGUUAUUGUACACUUGCGAGUGACGGAAGUAACUGACCACAUUGACACCAAUCUUACCUUCCCAUCCAUAACGUUAAUCGUUAUCGGCAGUAUAAUCUUUGUAAUAUCAUUUUUCGGAUGUUGCGGCGCCAUUCGAGAAAGUCACUGCAUGAUAAUUACC